AUGCCAACCAACCCGAAGCUCCGUGGCCGGAGCACAUCCUCAUCUUUGCCAAACGCCCGUAAGCGUAAGCUGAAGGGCCCUAUCCGAGUGCAAAGUGACAAGGCUACCCCAGCUGCUACAGCGGAGGACGAGCCGGCCACCGAGGAGCAGUCUUCCGACGAGCAGAUCACUGCUGAGCAGACUGCCGACGAACAAGCUGCCGACGAACAAGCUGCCGACGACCAGAUCACCGGUGAUCAGGCUGCUGACGAGGAGACCACGGACGAGGAGAUCAUGGACGAACAGAUCACCGAUGAGCAGACUGCCGAUGACCAGAUCGCCGACGAGCAGAUCACCGAAGGCGUCAGCGAUGAUGGUAUCAAGGACCAGGCUGCAACCGACGAGAUGGAGGCAAACACAUCCAUCACCGACACGCCCGCUAUCAACAUUGCAACUGACUAUUCCCAUGGCAGCGUGCCGAGCCGCCGAGCCAAGUACUUCGCCUGGAGCCUACUACUGCUGGCGCCCAUCGCACUUUUCGUGAAACUGCCGGCCUUCGUCUCGUCAGCCGUGCGACAUCUCAAGGCCUUCUUUCUCGAGCUGGAGCUCACCAACGCCAUCUCCCGCUUCAUGCGCUCGCUGGGGUACCUUUGUGUGAAUGCGAGACUGCUCUACGCCAUAUACCAGGAUCUCAUGGCGCUGUUGAUCGUUUUGCGCCCGGUUCCAAAUCUGCUCAAGGCCUACCGAUAUCUUCUGGCACUUUUGGAGGCCAUGCUCCAGGAUCUCCUGACACUUCUGGAGCCUAUCCAUCCCAUCCUGACGCUUCCCAACGCCGUAUACCGGCGUCUCCAGUCAUCCCUCAGUGCCUUCUACCGGCAUCUCCCGGCACGUCUGAGGCACUGCUCGCACCUUGCGCUACAGCCGCUCAGGUACCUUCACCAGGGUCUCCUGGCAGGUUUGAGGCUCUACAGCCGGGUGUGGAAAUGGGUUCUUAUUGCCUGCGUCAUAUGGCUGAGCGGUACCUACACCAUCACGUUCACUCUCCACCACAACCCGGGGCUCCUGUCGGAGACGAUCUGCCCCAUCCCCAUUGCCGCUCGCCAUCUGCCGCUCUGCCAACCGCUUCCACUGGAGGACAUCUGGCAUUCGAAGCUGCUCGUGCCCCAGGAUGAAUUUGCCACUAUCAUGGGGCGCCUCGGGAAAGACCACGAUCUUGCGCGGGAGUUGAUCGGCCAUCGUUCUGCCGUCCGUGACCUGGGCAUUCGUGUCAUGGGCAGCGCAUUGGAGAACAAAAACAAAAUCGCGGAAGCGCUGGAAUCCUUGAAGGAGCAGACCUGGACCACAGGCCGGUCCCUCUCUAGCUUUACGAGCAAGUUCACCGGCAUUGUCGAUACCCUCCAUGGUUUCGACAAAUACGCACUCCGUCUCAUUGAGCGCCGGAUCAGCGAUGGCCCGGACGGGCCCAACACGUUCAUGAGCUUCGUUCUGGCGGCACUAUACCCACUCACCGGCAUUAGAGCCCACCGCCCUAUUGGGGACGACAUCAAGGAGGUUUUCCGAAGCACUGCGGGCUUCAUGGCGAAAGAAAUCAACGCGCUAGUCAAUGACGUCGACAAGCUGGCAAGGGAGCUUGACGAUAUUCAAAGGUUUCUCACCACCGUCAAGAGUAACGUCGAGGGGGACAUCCGCCUGCUCCCAUCCCGUGAUAUCCUCGGGUUGUUGUGGGACCGCCUAGCGCCAAGGGACGACCACGCCUCGCUGUACGCGUCUCAGGACCCACGGACGCUGCUGAUGGAUCUUACACACCUCUACGAGGCGGCAUCGAUGGUCGUGGAUGACACCCUGGAAGCGCUUCUCCGUGUCCGGGUCGAGCUGGAGGACUUUGAGGUCGAGCGCAUCCAGUCUAGCCCCUUGCUCAAGCAGUACCCACUCGAGGUUAUGGCAUCUAGCCUCCGGAGCUCCAUGAAGAAGCUGGAGGCCGGCAAGCAGGCUCUCAAAACCGGCGGCAGCGGGACGAGGUUUGCGGAUCCGGUCGGGACCAACAAGAAUACCAGGUCGUGA